AUGAGACGCUCGUCUUUCCUCGUUCUACGGGUGCUCUGGUCUUGUUUUCCAUCCGGUGAAUCUCCUUUGGGAAAGAUGCUCGGCAAGACGGUCCUUCUACCCCUUUUGGUUCUCCUCUGUCACUCUCUUGCUUCUGCGUCGCUUGUCUACCGCGGCGCUGAUAUUUCCUCCCUGCUGAUCGAGGAGAAGGCCGGGAUUGAGUACAAGAACGUGAACGGCCAGACGCAGCCGCUUGAGAAUAUUCUCAAGGCGAACGGUGUGAAUUCCGUUCGCCAGCGGGUGUGGGUGAAUCCUAGCGAUGGAUCUUACAAUCUGGACUAUAACGUCAAGUUGGCGAAGAGGGUGAAAGCCGCUGGGAUGAGCGUUUACCUGGACUUGCACUUCAGUGAUACUUGGGCGGAUCCGAGCCAUCAGACUACACCCCGCGGAUGGUCGACCAACGACAUUGGCACUCUUACCUGGCAAGUGUACAACUACACGAUGGAGGUCUGCAACACGUUUGCCAGCAACGGCAUCGACGUCUCCAUCGUGGCUAUCGGCAACGAGAUUCGCAACGGACUGCUAUGGCCGCUCGGCAAACCCGAUAACUACGCCAACAUCGCCAACAUCCUGCACUCGGCGGCAUUCGGCGUCAAGGACUCGACCCUAUCGCCCAAGCCGAAGAUCAUGAUCCACCUCGACAACGGCUGGGACUGGUCGGCACAGAAGUUCUUCUACAACCGUGUCCUGUCGUCAGGCGCGAACCUGGUCAAGUCCGACUUUGACCUCAUCGGCGUCUCGUACUACCCGUUCUACAACCCCAGCGCCACCCUGUCGGCACUCACGACCAGCCUGAAGAACCUCCGCUCGACCUACGGCAAGGACGUGCUGGUCGUUGAGACAGACUGGCCCGUCUCGUGCCCGAACCCAGCGUAUGCGUUCCCUUCUGACCUCAAGGAUAUUCCCUUCUCGGUAGCUGGGCAGACGACUUUUGUGCAGCGCGUUGCAAAUAUCGUGGCACAGACGCCGGGAGGGAUCGGCCUGUAUUACUGGGAGCCAGCUUGGGUGCAGAAUGCGGCCUUAGGCUCGAGCUGUGCAGACAACUUGAUGGUGGAUUGGAGUACGCGUCAGGCGAGGACAAGCCUGAGUGUGUUCGCGACAAUCUGA